AUGGCCUACUAUCAGACAGAUUCGCUGGAGCAAGUUGAUAAUUCUCAAAACAACAGUAGUGAGUCGUCUAAAGACAGCAUAUGCGUGGAACCGUUCCCGUCAUUACCCAUCACCGAUUUUUGGGAGACUAUCUUUCAACCCGACCUCUCUAUUACAGGCGAUUUCUUUGAUGGGACAUUGCCCAUUAUCGACACAGAUGGCGCAGGAACAUCGUGGGGUAACAUGCAAGAGUGGGCGGACUCCUUGUUCCCCCUGGACCCUUGCGAGAACCUCACUCCCCUUCUUACAGAGGACGAUACUGAACAGUCUGAGGGUUCCCGACUUUGUUGCUAUGGCAUGGUACCAGAUGUUCCAAUCAAGCUUGUCGGCGAUAUGAGAGAUCUGCAAUCGAAAAUUAAUCCAUGUCUGCCUUAUCAGAUGUUUACUAUCUCCAAACAUUUCCAGUACUUUAUGCUGAAAUCACCAGAUGGCAGCAUCUUUGCACAGAUCAAUGAACUGGCCUGCAAAGGUAUUGCGGAAUCCCAAAAGGUUGCCUCGAUUGAGAGCAUAGCUUUUGUAGACACAAAGCUUCUGCAGCAUGUCUUCUCCCGCGCAAAAGAGCCAAGCGAGGCAACUCUCAAGGUAGAAGUGAACUUAUAUGGCUCAGUGAAUGAUGCGGGACUAGUAGGAGCUACGCUUUGCAGUCAAAAGAUGUUUCUUCAAGAUCCGGAACACGGAGCCGAGAACAUUGAAUACUGGAACCCUCAUGUUAUACGAUUUCCUGGUGUUGAGGAACCCACAUCAUCUUCAACAGACCACGGCUUCCAAUCCACCAAAUUCAAAUCAUCCCAGGCUCUGGUCGAUGGCGUAAACGACCAUAAUCAUGUCAUCCUGUCUAUAUACCAGUCAUUGGUGCGCUCCCGAGACUUGGACACAAGGAGGACUGGAAACAUGGUUAGGACAGCUCUCCUACCGCACCAAGCGAAAGCAGUGUCUUUUAUGAUGCAGAGAGAGCAGGGCCCAACCCCUCCUAUAUUUAGCCUAUGGGCCCAAGAGCGCAAUGUCUUAACGACCUUAUACCGUCAUAGAAUAACCGGAGCUGAAUCUACCGAUUGCCCAGACGAGCUAGGAGGUGGCAUACUUGCAGACGAUAUGGGCAUGGGUAAAUCCUUGAGCACAUUGGCUCUUAUCGCGGAAACUCUUCCGUUGGCCCAUUCGUGGUUUCAGGAUAUACCUGCAGGGUCGAGCAAGGCUCUGUCGAGAGCAACUCUUGUUAUAGUACCCUCCACGUUGAUUAUGAACUCUUGGGAGGCACAGAUUGCACUUCAUAUUGACAAAUCAAUCAAGACUGGCAAGUAUUAUGGAAAGGAUAGGAACUCCAAAGUCAACGAGUACCUGGAUCUCGAUAUUGUCUUUACAACAUAUCAUACGAUCGCGUAUAGCAUGAACAAGCAGGACAGUCUUGCAUUCCGUAUCAAGUGGUUCAGGAUUGUUCUUGAUGAAGCACACAUGAUUCGUAGGCGAGAGACAACCCUAUACCAAGCAGCAAGUCUGUUGUCUGCCGCAUAUCGAUGGUGCCUCACUGCAACACCAAUUCAAAACCACUUAGAAGAUUUGGGUUCCCUGCUUGCCUUUUUGAGAAUUAGCGAGCUGGAGCGUAAAGCUGCAUUCAGAAAGCACAUUAUUCUUCCUUUUUCAGAUGAUACUACUACAGCAUUGAAAAGGGUUGCCAUUCUGCUGGACUCCAUCUGUCUGCGAAGAACUCAAGAGUUACUCCAUCUUCCGCAAGUGUCAGAAAAGCAUCAUUAUAUCGAGCUCCAGGAAAGUGAGAGGCGACAAUAUGAUCAGACGUUGGUGAAUAUGGCUAGCCUUAUUAAGGCCAAAGCUAGUUUAGGUCCCGAGAAACGGAAUGGCUUUGGAAUCUUCCAGGCACAGCUUCAACUUCGACUUCUCUGUAACCGCGGCACCUUUCAAAAGCCUUUCAAAGAUAACGAUCAUCGAGAUAAGAAGGCUGAGAGGGAAGACUUCCUAUAUUCCCUUGGGAGUAACGCUCAGAUAACGUGCUCACUAUGUGGCAUCCCCAUACCAGCCUUUGACCUUUUGGGUGGAUCUGAGAGUUACAAUCACCCUUGCGGGCACAAACUCUGCCAAGAGUGUAUCCUGCAAAAUAACGAGGCUGGAGCCUUUCUAGAGAAUAGCUUCCUCACAAGACCAUGUCCACUCUGCAAAGGCACGAUACAAGAAUCGCAUUGCUCUGGUAGCCAAUCAUACCCUGGAGAACUUGACGGUGAUCAUUUCAAUACGGAAGGCUAUUCGUCGAAAAUGAAUGCCCUCAUACAAGAUCUAGAAAAGAGCCCCCAUGGAACCAAGAGCAUCGUUUUCUCAUGCUGGACGAGAACCCUCGACCUAGCCAACAUGGAUCGGUUUGUGAAAUACAAAGAGUAUCCUGUCCUGCUAAUGAGCACUGGCGUAGGCGCUUUUGGACUUAACCUGACCGCAGCGAGCUAUGUCUUCAUCAUGGAACCACAGUGGAACCCAAGUGUAGAGAGUCAGGCCAUCGGACGGGUCGCUCGCCUUGGACAAAACAAGGAGGUUACUAUAGUUCACUACAUUGUUCGCGGUACAGUUGAAGUGUUUAGAAAAUGCAUUCCCAGCAAAUCCGAAAACUUGAGCUUGCGAAAGUGGGAUUCCAGGAAUAGUAGGAAUGGCAUCUUUACAACCACUGAUCUACCCACCGCAGUAGGUCUUAACGGAGAAAAUCCAGCCGCCCUUCUUUAG